AAUUCCAGUAAAUCAAAGCCAUGGAACAGAGAUCUCCCCUGAUUUAUUCAGCUCUCCUCGGCCCUAAAAGGAGAACAGCUCAUCAACAAGUCAGACACGCUCUGAAAAUCUUCCACUGUGAGGCAACGCAACAAGAGUUCACGUGGUUUAUCUCACCAGAAAUCAGACGGCGGUGAUGUUACUAAUAGCAGUGAUACCACUAAUAGCAAGUACACUCACUCACUCAGGCCGUCAUUCACAUUACUGAACCAUUUAGCAAGGAGGGAGGAGGAGCUGGUGCAGGAGGGAAUAACAGAAAGGGGGGACUGUGGGAGGACAGAAAGAAGGAGGUGAUUGUUGGGGAGAAGAAAAAUAUAUAAAGGAGGAGAGAGCAAGAGUAAGGAGCAAGUGGAGGGAAGACGAGGAGAAGAAGCUGCUUCAAAUUUGAAUAGAGAUUACAAACUUUUAUUUUGCAAGCAACAGACAGCAUGUUGACUGCCAGCAGGGUCCUUCCUUUUCCCCCGGUGAUCGUCUGCCUGUUUUUCAUCAGCGGUUGCUCUCCCCUGCCAACGUCAUCACAAGUCGCAGACACGAAUCCCAUGGGACCUCUGAGGCCACAUGGGUUUUCCACCAAGGCCCUCAGACUUUCCACAGAAGAUUACGACGAACUUGAGGACAAGGUAACCACCAUCGUACCCAGAAGAGGUCUUACAGAUGUAAGACCUCCUCAACGAUGCAACUACGACCCCUGUCUUGAGGGUCAGAUCUCCUGUUCUGUGCUUCGAGAAUCCACCAAAUGCUCGUGUCCGGGGCACACUUUACACAACCAGGCUCCAGAGGCUCCCAACUUAAGAUCGGUGUCCUGGAAUGGGUCAGACGUUGUGAUUCAGUGGUGUGCACCUUAUUCCUAUGUCACAACGUAUCUGGUGACAGUAGGGGACCAACAGCAGCAGAUCUUUGGGAAGGAAAAAAGGAGUGGGGGGUUGGGCAUCCUAGAAAACAUUGCAGAGGUCUGUGUGGUUGCAGUGAACGGGAUCGGAUCCAGUCCAGGCUCAUGUAUGAUGUACCACCCCAGAGACAGCAGUCUGCCCCUGACAGCAGGACUCAUCGGAGGAGCGCUGGGCUUCCUGCUGCUCCUCUUGUUGGCCGUCUUGCUCUGGAGGCACAAGAGGCAAAGGAAACAGGAGGCCAGCAUCUCCAUGCGUGACACUGCUGAUACGCAGUGAACAGAAAACCGCACACGGCCGGGUGCUCAGCGAGAUAAGACUUUGUCCCUUGAGACUUUCUGGGGUUAUUGCAGUUAAUUAACUUUGACUCCAUUAUAUCGUCUGUGGUUUGAUGCACAGAGAGGUUUUCUGAAAGCGCAGCAGGAAGCGAGUCUCAUCAUCUAACAUAAAUGUGUCUGCCUGCUCAUGUUUUACUUCACCCUUAGUGGUGAGGUAAAAACCAGAAGCUAAAAACUACAGUAGCCUCCUUAUCUGAUCUAUAUUUUCCGGAAAUUAAAUUCCAGACAACAAACAAUAAGAAUGUUGGAUACGGUUUAAUAUAUAUCAGUUUUUUUCUUUGCAUUUCAAAAAUACACUGUUCUAGCUCUGAAAUAUCAGGAACUUCUGAGCAUGUCGUCCUUGCUUUAUCUCCAAAACAUCAGCUUUUCAUGAGCGUAGAAAAUAUUUUGUUUUCAGCUUUUGCGUCUGUGCAUUUGAUCCAGUUUGUUUUUACAUUAAGAAUUAGCAGAAUGUUCUCACUCAUAAUCCAUAGGAGAUGUUCUGCUUCUCUUUGCACAGAUGACAGAAAUGAACUCAUCUGAAUUUGUUCCGAGUCGAAGAACAACACGACAGAAAGACACAACACAAAAGCUGAUGGCUACCAGCAGCAUCAUGGCAUUAUAGACAGUAUAUUAUAUUGUUUUGAAGGUGUGAAGUUACUCUGAAACUCUCUGUUAGAGUUCCUCAUUUUAUGUGUUUAAUUAAAGAGCGAGUGUUUUUUUAGGCUCAAAAGUGAACUAUGUGUUGUAUCAUAAUAAUAGUAAUAAUGUCUUUAUUUAUAUAGCACCAAUAACAUAAACAUUUAAAAAACAUAAAAGAAUGAAAACACCAAA